AUGUUGAAAAAAUACUUUUUUUGUUUUAAUUUAGUGGAAGGACAUAACUGUCAACCAGUUGAAAAAUGGAAGGAUUGUGACGUCAGCUCUUGGUUGAAGUCCAUAGGAGUGAAAGAGAACUACAUUAAGAAAAUGAAUGAGGAGGAAGUUAGUGGGCAAGUUCUCCUGGGACUAACAAAAAACUAUCUGAAAAAAGAAAUUGGAAUGAAAUCAGGGCAGGCUCACUUGAUAAUCCAAAAAAGGAAUGCGCUGAUCGAGUCUUCACGAGUGCAAGAACCUCAAAAAGCCCUGAAAAAGAGAAAAGGUGGAGAUGAGAAGGAGCAGCAAUCGAUAGGCAGUCAUGACACAGAUGCUGGACCAACACAAGUCCCUCCAGAUCCAGAGAAUAAGUCACACCAGGAACAGUCAGUGAGUGUGUUAUCUACAAAGAUGGACUGUAAACCACGGCCUGUAGGCAAAAAGGGUUCUGAAUGUACAUACUUACAGCACAGUGUACUUCUGCCUGAAUCUGGUGUUUCUGACCUUAUCACACCUUGUCAUGAAUACAAAUCGUUAGCCAUAGCAGCUACGUUAUGCCGUCAAAGCCUGCAAGCAAUGUUUGCAAGAGAGGUUUUUAAAUUUGGCUCUGCAUGCAUGAAUAUGCGGUCCAAUGGUACCAUACAUUUUGGAGUGAUGGACAGUAAAUGUGACACUAGCUUUGUACAUGGUGAGGUAAUAGGUGUUCCUGUGAAAGAGAAAGACAUGUACAUUGAUGCAUUUGAUCACAUUGAAAGAAGUUUCUCAAAGCAGAAUAGUGAACAUGUGCGAAGGUGCAUACAUGAACCAGAGUUUAUAAAGGUUGGGAACUGCACAGAGGAACAUUAUGUCAUAGAAGUUGACAUUGUGCCAGAAAUAAGCAUUGUGAAAAACCGAGUUUACCCUGUCCGUCUACCAAAUUUCCAAAAAGCAUCAAACAAAGUUGAGUUUGAAAAGAAAAUCUCCUAUGAGAGAAUAGGCGCUAAAACAGAACCAGUUAGUGAUCACGAUAUGUUCUACCAACAUAUUAAAGACAGAGAUGCAAGGAGAGAAAAGGCUGAACAGUCUUGUCUGAUCAACACACCGAAUAUCGUGCAAAACCUUGGAAGAAAAUUGGAGAAGUUGGUGACUGGUGGAAAAAAAGUCAUAGACAAAGACCAGUGGUACAUUCUUGUCACUAACAAAUUUGAAAGUGAGCAUUUGAGUUCCAUUGACUUCAUAGUGAACAUGAAGAUAUUCUGUGUCUUUGACUUUGACCCUGAUUCUAACCUGUCUGGAUUAUGCAAGAAAUACCAUGAUCACCAUGCCCCAAACUUGCAUUUCCUGCAUAGUUACAAAAUUUCAAGUGAGAUGAACAUCAGUGAAUUUGCGAGCCAUUUGAACUUGUUUGAACAGGUCAGCUGGAUUUUUUGCAAUGGACGAAAUGGCUACCGUGGAAAUGAAACUCCCUGUGAUGAAAUGACCUGGAUCAAGACUGCAAAGACUCUUCUGAAGGAGGCAGUGUCGGUGAUCUGUAAACAAGUUCUUCCCCCAGGCACCUUUUCAGUGAUUUUUCUUCUCACUUCACCAGUGGAGCUACCAAUGGUUCACACUUUCUAUGAGUUCUACUCUGAGAUGCAAGGCCAUGAAGACAUCAUUUGUAUUUCGGAAUCUGAAGAAAAUCACACCACAUGGACAGGCUAUGCCCAGAUAUCUUGCAGUCCCGAGACGAUAAACAACAAGAGUGUUGUAGGGAUGAAAAUGAGCCAUGUGAAUGCCACAGUACAACAUGUUCAGCCUCACACUGUGAAUUCCAGGCAUUUACCCACCCACAGUAAUGCAAUGUGUCUGCUUGAAACCACUGAAGAAGAAAGGAUGUCUUCCUUGGAGAUCCUGUGUGUAGACCAAUGUGAUGAUUCCACUGGUGUCUUUGAGGAUGAAAAAGAAAAAGUUGAAAUGCAGUUUUACAGGGGAGGUAAAGUAAGUUGGGUGAAUUUCUGGCUUGCAGAAAACAAAAUGGUUGGGAAGUUUAUCCAAAGGGACACCUAUAAGGAGAUUUCCAAAUGUCUGAAUGACACUCCCAGAUGGAGUAAGGACCAAAUGCAUGUCAACAGCAUCAAUAUGUACCACCACCCAGGAAGUGGUGGGAGCACUGUUGCACGACAUGUACUAUGGAACAACAGAAAAGAUCUAAGAUGCGGAGUUGUAAAAGCAUCAUUCCCAGUGACCCGUGUCGCAGAUCAUGCUGUAAAACUGCGUGAAUAUGAGGAAAAAGACCCGCAGAAAUGCCUUCCUGUACUCCUCCUGGUGGAGGACUGUGAAAAUGACUAUCUAGACAGCCUCAGAAAUGAAUUGGAAGUUGCAAUGAAAGCCAAGAAAAUCAAUCAAGGAAUACUGUGUUUUGUUGUUCUGAGCUGCAGACAGUCACAUGACCCAGAAAAAAUGUGCAAGGACUCACCUUUACAGAACUUUGCGGUGACUCACAAAUUAUCCGAGGGUGAGAAAAAACAAUUUGCCCUGAAAAUGACUGAACUUAAAGAACAGCAUCCACCGGAGCACCUCUUGACAUUUGUGUUGAUGAGUAAAGAGUUUGAUAGGGAGUAUGUUACCAAAUUUGUGACUGAUUUGCUGGAAGGCAUUGAUCACUCUUCUGUUUCCACUCGCCUCAUUCUGUACGUGGCUUUACUCAACACACAUGUUCAAAACUCUUACCUCACUCAGUCUCAUUGUGAGGUUCUCUUGCUACUGAGCAUGCACCUGAACAAAACACCGGAAACGCUGCGUAAACGCGAUGACACAUUCUCAAGGCAUUUGUUUGAGUCAUCGUUAAGUGAACAAGCCAAACUUCUUUUCAUACACUUGAGAAAUGAGAAGACAAACAUCAAAUGUAUACGCAUCAUUCAUCCAUUAGUCGCCAAAGAACUUCUCCAACAGCUUUUAUGGAGCGAUGUGCAGCAGAGCACUGUAGCCAUAGACCUCCUCCAUGAAGACGUGCUUUUUCAGAACAGUUUUGGAAAAGAGGAUUACCACAAAUUUCUGCGGGAUCUUUGCAUGAGGCGCAGCAAGAUCAGUAGAGGUGAUGAAAAGGACAGUUCCUUUUCACCUCUCAUCGAACAUAUUCUGAAGGCAGAAACCACAGAGAGGGCAGUUGAAGUUCUGCAGGAAGCCUAUGAGCGUUUUGGUGACGAUGCCUUCUUUGCUCAGCAACUUGCUCGACUGCAUUACACAGAAGAAAUGUUUGAAAAAGCUGAACACUGGGCAGAGAUUGCAGAACGAAAAAAACCAAACAAUUCCUUUUUCUUAGACACAAAAGGCCAGGUGUACAAGAGAUGGUUCAAAGCGAAAUGCAAAGUGCUUGAAGGCGAGAUUACUGCUGAAGGCACUGUGGGUGCAAUUGGAACAGCACUAAAAGGAAUGCAGUGCUUCAGAGCAUGCCAGACAGCAGCCAACACAGAUAAAGAAAAUGUGAUCACAGGCUACUUUGCAGAAGUUGACCUUGCAUGUGAUAUUUUGCAGCUCAUUUUGCGUGUGUUUCGCAAUAGAAAGGAAGAGUGUAUGCAGUACCUGCUCUCAGAUCACAUUCCAGAAGCUGUGAAACAUCCCUGGAUACAUUUUCACAGCGAACUGAAAAGCAUUCAGAAAAACAUGUGGCAAGCCCUUGAACUGAUAUCUGAAGACCUAGCAUAUUUCCAGACUGCCACCACUUCAGGCCAUGAACUACUCAGCACUGAAAUUAAGAUAAACAAUCCAGUAAAGUGGCUAGCGAAAAAAUCAUCCUGGUAUGGUGAACUUUUUGGAGAGGUACCAUUGCCUAGACUUAACCAAGGUCUGCUGUGCUGGAUGAACAUUUGCAGCCUUGGUGGUGGUAACAUGACUGCAGUCUUUUCACUUUUGUCUGAAAAGAAACGUGCACAGUUAGAACAGAUCAUUGCUGCUUAUCCUUGCAAUAAGCAUAACUUAGAUCAAACUGAAAUUGUGACAUACAUAUCGUCACAGAUUGCCUUAAGUUGUCUUUCUGCAACUUCCUCCAAACCCGGAACACUUCAAGCCCUUCAGGAACUUAGCCGGAGGUUCCAAAAAGAGAGAGGUAAAUGUUCGCCUAAUUUUCUUUUUUUACAAACUCUGCUAUUCUGGCCUGAAGAUGAUGAUAACAACCAUGACAGAGAUGACAAAUAUGAAAUCAUCACGGCAGCUGUUGGUGGUCUCAAACAAGGUUACAGCAGAAAAAUGAAAGAUUUACCUCAAAAAGGAAAGAGGCUUUUCACUCAUUUCUUUCUUGGCAAAGAAAAAGGACUGAGUAAGAUUGUUCACAAGAGCAGCCUGGAAAUGUUCAACAAACUUCUCUCAAUGUCUGAGAAGAAACAGAAGUGGCUAAGUGGAGAUGUGUGGAAAAUGCGAGAGGUUGAACUUCUGCUGAAACGUGUUCAAGGUUGGACAAAAGAUGGAAAAGUCUACAUUGAGGGCGCUGAAAAGAAACCAUUCAUGAUACAUGCUUUGAAUUCAGAUUCAAUCCCUUAUGAGAAUGAGGAUGUUGAGUUCUACCUGGGUUUUACUUUCCAAGGGCCAGUUGCUCAUGGCAUUACAAUCAGCAGGAGUAGCAAGGCAAGGUAGAAAUCAAACCUUUUCCCGAAGAUAUACCAUCCUGCAGGUUUGCAUUUCAACCAUAAUUUGACCUGCAUGACUACUAAGUGGCAGCUCAACAAAAUCUCUAGCUGUUGAAUGAGGUGUGCUUUGCUAAGGUUAGUGUAAAAAGGUACAGGAUGGUAGAUCUCCAGGAACAGGGUUGGUUAACAUUUCUUUAUUCAACUGAACACCUACAGCCUGCCUGCACAAGAGGUAUACUCACUGCUCACCUGCAUUUUGAAGGGGGCAAGGGAAAUGUGUUUUUCUUGAAUUAUUUUUGAAUUCUUGCACUUGGUCACAAAUGUUACAUUGUAGUGCUUUUAAUUUCCAAGAGUUAAUUGAUUUUGUAAUCUGUUAACGUUGAGGUAGCAGCGCAAUGAUUUUACUAUAGCCUUACUUGUUGUUAACAUUUAACUAGAAUACAUACAUUAACCCUCCUAUUAUGUUUGGUCAACUGCUAAAUUGUGCUAGAAUUACACAGUGACCCAUAUGUAACCGGAGUUUAAUAAAGCAGCCAGCUGGCAGGGGGGGGCGCUUAUAAUCAAUAUAUCCCAUGUACGCUGCUUGUUAUCAAAUCAAAUGAACCUACAACAUUAAUUACAACUGAGUUUAUGAAAACGCAAGAAACCACAGUGAAAACUGUUGAAAUAAGAGCAAAGAAUGCAAAGAAUGCAACAUACAUUUACUCACUUAGAGGAGAAUAUUAAUCAAAUGUUUAAUAUGUCUGUAUAUUAGAAAAGAAUAUUAGAAGAGAAUAUUAAUCAAAUGUUUAGUAUGUCUGUAUAUUUUCAAUGAUUUACUGCUGAUAAGUUUGUGUUAGAAGUGCAUAAGUGACCCAUGUGUAAUCUAAAGUUGAGUAAAAUAAUUAACAUGAAGUGAAAAGUACCAAAAAUGAUUAUUAUGCUGCAAAAAGUACCAAAAAUGAUCUAUAGGUCGUAGAAAGUUCUGGAAAACACUAUAUAGUGAAUAGCACCGUGUUUUACAUGUUUCCCACGUUAAUGAUUCCAGUUUGUUAGAAGAAACAGCCUACAAAGCAAGAUGUAUGUAAUAAAAUCCUUUUUUGUUUUGGAAAUCAAUAGGGUGAUUCGCCACAAUGGUUUCAGAACCGAGAAGGUAGCGCUGCCAAGUCAGCUGAUGUUUUAGGAGGAGUCAAGAUAAGAACAGUGUGG